AGAAGAAGAAGAACAAGAAGAACUAAUAGCAGGGAACUGCUACUGCGUUUAUCCACCAGAGGCGCUUUUCUCUGUUUAUAUUUUCAAUGACACAUAGGUAAAAUCCAAUAUGGCCGUGCAGGGAGAAGAAUGCUAGCAAAACUCACCCUUCAGAUGACAAAUAUUACUUCAGAGUGGUAUUGUUUUAAUAUGGUAAAGUGAACUCGUGAGUCGCAAUGUGGCUGCCAUUCCGCAUAGUCUUUUUAAGAAGCCAGACAGUUUGCAGAAGAAGCUUUGCUGCUGCUCUUGUAAAAUGUUCAAGGCACAAGGAGAACGGUAACGUUACUGCUAAUGUUUCUCUCUUCAGUCAUUCAGCUGGACUUGCAGCACAGCCAUGCAAGGCUCUUCUGUUCCGAAAACAUGGAAACCCUUCUGAAGUCGUUCAGUUAGAAGAUGUAGAUCUGCCCCCCAUGGGUGCGAAGGAUGUCCUGGUUAAAAUGCUGGCAGCUCCAAUCAACCCAUCUGACAUUAACAUGAUUCAAGGUACUUAUGCUAUCCUGCCUGACCUCCCAGCAAUUGGGGGCAACGAAGGAGUGGCCCAGGUCAUAGAGGUGGGUUGCCAGGUGAAGUCCCUCAAAACAGGAGACUGGGUCAUUCCAAAAGAUGCUGGUCUAGGGACGUGGAGGACCGAGGCAGUUCUAGCAGAGGAUGAUGUCAUCUCGCUGUCGAAUGACAUUCCCUUGUUGUCUGCUGCCACACUGGGGGUGAAUCCCUGCACUGCCUUCAGGAUGCUCUCUGACUUUGAAGAUCUCAAGCCAGGGGAUUCUGUGAUCCAGAAUGCAGCCAACAGUGGAGUUGGGCAGGCUGUAAUACAGAUUGCUGCUGCGAGGGGAAUAAACACUAUCAACGUCGUCAGAGACAGGCCAGAGUUCACACAGCUCAGUGAUAGGCUGAAGGCCAUGGGAGGAACUCAUGUGAUCAAAGAAGAGGCACUGAGGCGGCCUGAGAUGAAGGAACUGUUCAAUACCUGUCCAAAACCUAAACUGGCACUGAAUGGAGUCGGAGGCAAGAGCGCAACAGAACUGCUUCGUCAUCUACAGUUUGGAGGAUCUAUGGUGACAUAUGGAGGGAUGGCCAAACAGCCAGUUACUGUCCCUGUGAGUGCUCUUAUUUUCAAGGAUGUGAAGGUUCGGGGAUUUUGGGUCACACAGUGGAAGAGAGAUCACUCAAGCGAUGGGAGGGCAUUCAGAGCCAUGCUGGAUGAACUGUGCCACUUCAUUCAGCAGGGAAAGCUGACAGCUCCUGCCUGCACCGAGGUAGGCCUCCGAGACUACGACAAAGCUCUGGACACAGCUAUGCAGCCUUUCACCUCAGCUAAACAGGUCCUGAUCAUGUGAACAGACUCAUCAACUAAUCAAUACACUGUCAUGACCAAAGUGUAUGAACUCAAUUGUAACCCCAGGACUGCCACAUUAUUGUUUAUGUGUCAAUCAAAUACACUGCUCAAGCACAUACUCAAUAAAUGUGUCUUCACAGCAGGUGCAAAGUCCAGCAUCUGUCACAUUAUGACCUUUCAGUUCCCCUACAUUUACUGACGGUAAUUUAAAUAGUCAUUAAAUCUUUAUAUAGUGAUAUGGAAAUUUGAUAUUAAUCAACAGAUUUACAGUUGCGAUAAUACUGAUACUCACGGUGUAUUGAUUCUUGCUGUAUAAAUAACAUUCAACCAACCAACAACUGUUUUAGCCAUUUUAUUAAAUAGAUACAGCAGAGUUUGACGGUAAAGCUUGGGGGAAAGAAACAUUUCACAAAAGUCUACUUUAGCCUCUUGAGCCACAUAAAUACCACAUUCUUUUUUUUUUUUUUUUUUUUUUAUAUUGACUGUAAAUACAGUAUUCUACCCAGCACCAAUAAACCAACGUCAAGAGGCCACAUCAAAGAUUGCUGAAGCCAAAGGUUAUUGUUUCCCUGCUUAAGUACAUCUAGUGACUCACUUACAUUAUAGAUGGAAGAUGAUUUAAAAGAGAUAUUUGUGAUGUUUACUGUUAAAUAUUUACAGGACCACAUUGAUCCGUGAUAGAUGAUCACUACCAAUUGGCAAACGCCAAACUUACAGCCAUGGAGAGGACCGGUAGAAACCCACCAUAAAUGGCAGCGGCCCCUUCUUUUUCCAGACAGUGUUCGUACCUGUCAAAGUCUACCUCUCUGGCUGCACACACGUGGUCAACACGGCAGUCACUGUUACACUCUGUCAGAUCAUAGCUGACAGAGUUGAACUCAUAGUACUUUUGUAGGUAGCAGCGGCUACUAGCAAUGCGCUCCAGAGCCUGAUGCAUGGAGGCUGGGGAGGCGUCUGGCACUCUGAAGCUCUCUGUGAGUCGAUACUCUUUCUCCCAGCGUCCACGUGCUGCAUUAGCACGAGUGAGGUUCAAAUAAUGGGUCACCACAUCCUGAGGGUUUAAGAAACAGAAACAGAAACAAUAAAAGCGCUGGGAGCUUAUGUGGAGGCUGUAUGUUGCAGCUUAGAAAGGCUCCUAAACAUAUUUAAAUAGAAUUUAUACAGACUGGUCUGGACUUACUUUGACUAGGAGUGUUUGGGUGUCAUAUUCAAAGACACGAAUCCCAGGGUUGUUGGCUCCAUCCACGACUCCAGGAAGUGACGUUUUCCACGGUGUGACACCAGGGCUCAGGAACAUCGUACUGAUAGGCGAGCCUGUAGAAACAGAAGGGCCAUCACCUCUGAUUACCACAGUAUUAUGUGCCAACAGGUAAAAUUUGGACACUUAAUGUGAGAAGCACUGUGCACCGCAGUGCAGAAAUUAAAAAGUUAAUCACUUAAAUACCAACUAAACACCCCAAAGCAAAACAAAGAAAAGCAAUAGUACUCGAACAAUCUAACCUUACCCUCUGAGUUGUAGAACAUUCGGAAGCUAUCAGUAUGAUGAUGACCAAAGAACUGUCCAAGUAUGACUGAAUGAUGCUUCUGAAUUAAAUCCAAGUAUAGCUUGUUGAAUGAAGGCAUGAACCAUGGCUUAUUUCUCUUCUUCUCAAAGAAACCCGGGGGAACAUGGCCAAUGAUGUACACCUAGUAAAGAAACCAAUGUAGAGUUAGCAAAAAAAAUCUAUUUUCAUUCCCUGUAGCCAGAGUUCUACUAUUUCAAUUCAUCUUUUUGCCAGACAUGAGUUCAAUUGAGCUGGAGCACCUUCAGAUUUAGGGAGUGUUUUGGUUGUAAACAUGUUGAUAUCUUUUCCAGGAGAUAAUCAUUCAUAUAGGGGAUGCAAACUGAAAGUAUUCUUCCUGUUAACCCUGGUAACCAGCGUUAAAAAGAGAAAUGAGGUAUUCAUUACUCACUGAUAGAUUUGUUGAUCUCUAAGCAGUAAUUCAAACAUGACAUUAAAUCCAAUUUAACCACUGUUGCAAAGCACAGAUAGACAAGAUGCUUUGCCUUUUCUUUGUUGUUGGCAGCCUCUGUAAGAACCUGGUCCGCCCAACUAAACUGGCCAGCUGGGUCGUCCAUGUCCUGGGUUGCCUUGUUCUGGUCAUAGUAGAGAUUAGUGUUGAGGACCAGCAUCCUGAACCCUGUUCGAUUCAGCAGCUUUUCUGUGUAAUAUCCACCUACAGCAUGUAAAGAAAAAUAUUGAAGAAAAUGCAUGACACAAUUGGACGUGUGCUUUUCAAAUGUAUAAUGCCAAGUGUCAUAUGGUGGGUGAUUGGGUGAUUGAUUGUGUUAUAAAAAUAAUGAAGCAAUUGUCGUAAUAUCAAAAUAAAAUCUAAGUAUCAAAGGAGA